GAGGGCGCCACAGCAGCGCGAACAGGACUGACAAAAGAGGUUCAGAAGAAGAUUGAAACCGCUCUCAACGUCCUCCAUAGUAGUUUGUAAACGACUAGAACAUGAGUGACCACAUUUGAAGCACAAUGAGGUUUUGGGGAGAGUCGUAGCUGAAAUGGAGAACAGUGACAGGAGUCAGAUGUGGAGGUUGACAAGACUCCGUCACAAAAAUGGCAAACAAAUUGCCAGUUGCUCAGAGGAGAUGCGUGUGAAGAGGCGGGAGAAUGAAAAAGCACUAAGACAGGCCCGUAGAGACAGACAACUGGUGAGUAAGAGACUGCUGCUGAAUGAAGAUGAGGACAUUUCAAUGGAAACCAUCCCAGCUGAUCAGGAUGUGGUCAGCUUGUUACAUAAACUCCAACACAGUGGACCUGAGAGGGAAACCCAUCUGAAGGCUUUGAGUAAAGCUCUCCGUGAUUCUUCAGCACAGCUCACAUUUGUGAAUCAGGAGAACAGCAUGCACCUGCUGGUCAGUUUCCUCACUGGCUCUAACACUCAGUGCCGUCUCCAUGCUAUUCGCUGCCUUCAUGAACUGUCUCACUCUCCUCACCCUAGUGUGGCCCCAACCUGUCUGCCUGCGACCUCUUACCUGCUUACGUACCUAUCUGGCCAGAGCACCAAGUUCACUGAGCUGUGUCUCUACACACUUGGUAAUUUAAUCCCAGACAGUGAUGUUGUCAAAGAGAAACUGUUGGCUCAGGGAAUCAUACCGGCUUUGGCAAGUUGUAUAGAGAACCAAAGACAUCACCUGGCAGUGGUGGAAGCAGCCAGUUUUACCCUUUCUCAGCUUCUUCAGGCCAAAGAUGCUGCAGAGACAAUAAUGUCGAAGGUCCUGGUCUCCACUUUACCUUCACAGCUGUUAUCAGUUCUGACUCCAGAUCCACAAUUUGGCCUGGCCCCUGCCAUUGAGUGUGCGUGGUGUCUGCAUUACAUGGCGUGCAGUCAAAACGGCAAAGAACUGUUGGCUUGUGGGGCCCUUUCGAAGUGCAGUUCUCUGUUAUGGUCGCUAGGGUGUGCUGUCCGGGAAGGAAACCAGGACGAAGGCCUGGAGUUGCUGGUCUGUCCUCUUCUUCGCUGCGUCGGGAACCUCCUGUCCUUCUGUCCUGCCAACAGCCUCACUGAUCAAGUUGGUGAUGUCAAACUCGUGGUUGCUCUGUCUGCCUUCGUUCAGGCCUACAUACACAGCAGACCAGCGCUGGCCAGGGAGAGCGCCUGGGUCCUCAACAACCUCACAGCUCACUCAACUGAUUUCUGCUCGGCUCUCCUCACUCAUAAUUUGGUCCCUGCACUGAUCCAGUCCCUUGCAUUCUCUGAAGGCAUCAAUACAAUGAUCCUCAGAGUUCUGGCAAAUAUUGCAAACAAGAAAAAAGAGUUCUGUGUAGAACUUGUCCAGCAGGGUCUGCUGUCUUCUCUCUGUGCCACACUCAAAAUGGCUGAUGCUGAAAUGGUGACACUGAGUCUGGAGGUUCUUUUUAUGUUGGUUUCAAGUAGUCCACAGGUGACGGAGGAGUUUGUGAGGCUAAAUGGAGUUUCACUAUUGGAAGCCAUUCAGUACAACAGUGAAGGAGAGAUGAGACGAAGAGCAGCGUAUCUGCUGGAGCACCACCUAGUGUUUACCUCAUCCUCAUGCACAACAAAGACAUAAUAAAUAUAAAUAAAGCUGAGAUUUUGAGGUAAGAACAGUUUUAAAGAACGAGGAUGUACUUCUCUGUCCUUGCCUGCAGGGGCUGAGUAAUACUGUAUGUUAAAACGAUUUUCCACGAGGUCAGGUUGUACAAGCUAUCGCUUAUGUAUGGUGUUUUUGUAUGAGCAAUUGCAAAAUAUCACAUGUACCUUUGCAGCACAUGAACAUGAGGUCAUGUUUUAUUAUUCAUAUAUGAUUAUAUUUAAUGAUGUAAAGGAUGGAAUACUUUAUACAGGAAUACUGGAAACAACGACUUUACUUGCGAUGGUAGAGGAAAAUCGACCAUAGCUAACAAACAGGGCGAUAUUGAUCAUGAAUUUACCUUGUGCUUUUAGCCCACAAUGCAACUGUGUUCCUGCACAGACGUUUCCC